GCAGCGGAGCGGGGGAUGGAGGCCAAUGGCAAGGCGGCUUUUAUUUCUCGUAGCGACGGCGCGGAGCAGACAUGGCGCCGCCCGUGCGCUACUGUAUACCUGGGGAGCGGCUGUGCAGCCUGGACGAGGCGGCCGCGGGCAGCGGCACCUACACCCGGCGCGGGCACGUGCACUCCGCGCUGGCCGGGGCUCUCCUCGCCCGCGACCUCGGCGGUCCGCUGCCCGUGGUGUCCGUGGUGCGAGACGCCGAAGCCCAGCUCCUGCCUGACGUGGGCGCCAUCGUCACCUGCAAGGUGUGCAGUAUUAACUCCCGCUUCGCCAAGGUGCACAUCCUGUACGUUGGCUCCACGCCCCUCAAGUCAGCUUUCCGCGGCACCAUCCGGAAAGAAGACAUCCGAGCCACGGAGCGGGACAAGGUGGAGGUUUACAAGAGUUUCCGCCCAGGGGACAUCGUUCUGGCUAAGGUGAUCUCGCUGGGUGACGUGCAGUCCAACUACCUGCUGAGCACGGCCGAGAACGAGCUGGGCGUGGUGGUGGCCCACGGCGAGGCAGGGGCACGGCUGGUGCCCAUCAGCUGGUGUGAGAUGCAGUGUCCCCGGACGCAUACCAAGGAGUUCCGCAAAGUGGCCCGUGUGCAGCCCCAGUUCCUGCAGACCUAGGCUACCCCGUGCCCCCCGGCAGGAUUACCUGAGCCAGGAGCCAGCCGGAGCCCCCUUCACCGAAGUACCUGCAGCAUCACCUGGACUGGUGCCCACGUGCGCUGGGCUGGGACUCAGGCCUCCACCAACACCUGCCAGGAACCGGAUGCAGCUCUGGCUCCCUGGGCCCUGCCCGUCCUGCCCCCAGGCAGGAUUUUAGAUUCCCAAGCUGUGAACAAUAAAGGCUUUCCAAACCCC